UUUUCCGGACAGGACAGGACUGACAGUGGGGAUAAAACCGGCCUGGAGAGUCUUAGGAGCCACUGGCCUGCAAAGCCUCGGCCCCAACUGCCCUUGCACUCUCGGCUCCUGCUGGCACCUGCUGGACAUGAGGCUUCGAGUGGGUGCCCGCGCCCCCAGGCCCCUGCCCAUCUCGGGGCUCCUGCUCCUGGGACUGCUGCUCUUGCCAGCUGUGGUCGCCCUCCCCAGAGGUGUGCGGACGCUGUGCCAUGAGCUGCCCGGUGCACUAUUUAUCAUCUUGUCAGUAACACUUCUCUCUGAGGGAGGGGACCCAGAAGGAGAUGAGCACCUGCGCUGCAUGUGCGUGAAGACCACCUCCGAAGUCCGUCCCAAGCAUAUCCGCAGCCUGGAGGUGAUGGGUGCGACAGUCCACUGCCCCGUUCCCCAGAUGAUAGCUUCUCUGAAGAAUGGUAGGAAAAUAUGCCUAGACCCGGACGCCCCCCUGUAUAAGAAAAUACUCCGGAAGCUUUUGGAGAGCUAGCUACCAGCUGCCUCACUCUGUACAGUUGCAAUGCAGCAUGUUUUCUCUUUUAUUCAUUUUCAAGCUAAUGGUGGAAAAAUCUCCCGAUUUUUUUUUUUUUUUUAUUGCCCUCCAAGUUCUAAAUAAAUAAAAUAAAUCGA